AUGUCGAUUAAGCAACAAGAACAAUUGCGUUCAGAGUUUCCUUUUUUUCGUGAACAUCCAGAAUGGAUCUUUUUAGAGAACGCUGGUGGUAGUCAAGUGCCUUUAUCAGUAAUCAACUCAAUUUCGAAUUAUUAUUCACGGACAUAUGUGCAAGUUGGUGCCGAAUACGAUCAAUCCAGCGAGGCUACGCAAACGGUUAAACUCGCUCAUGAUUUUUGCCGUGAGCUAGUGAAUGGAAAUGGAAUUGGUGAAGUUGUGCUAGGUGCCAGUACGACUCAGUUGAUUCAUACACUGUCACAUGCCUUUGAUAAACUGAUUACAAGUCCUGACGAUGAAAUUAUUGUUAGUAAUACCGCUCAUGAAGCGAAUUAUGGUGCGUGGACCAAAUUACAGGGGAAAAUAAUUGAGUGGCAAGCACAUAAGGGAAUCAAUUAUGAAGAAUUUUCUGCUUUGUUAUCUGAACGUACCCGAAUUGUUGCUUUACCACAUGUCAGCAAUCUCAUUGGUGAAAUUCUUGAUGUUGAAACGAUUGUUCAACUUGUACGCAGUCGAUCGCCUCGAGCACGCGUUAUUGUUGAUGGAGUUGCGUAUGCACCUCAUCGAGCGAUUGAUGUUCGCCAAUGGAAUGUUGAUUUUUACGUUUUCAGUUUGUACAAGGUUUAUGGUCCUCAUUUAUCGGUUUUGUAUGGAUCGAAUAGUGCUUGGCAAGAUUUCAUCGAUAUUUCUGCUGGGCCGAACCAUUUUUUCAUUCCUCAAUCAAAUGUGUCUUAUCAAUAUGAGAUUGGAUGUUUAAAUCAUGAAGCAUGCGCAGGGAUAUUGGGUAUCAAAGUAUAUUUCGAACGAGUUGCCAAGGCUUCACCUGAUCAACCAGUCCGAGAAACAAUCGAACAAGCAUAUCGUAUAUUUGCUAAUUUAGAACAACCUCUAGUCGAACGUCUAUUUCAAUAUUUAUCAACGAAAUCUGAUGUUACUAUUCUUGGCAGUGCAACAACAAACUUUCGUUGUCCAACGAUUAGUUUUCGAUCAUCGCGAUUAUCGUCAAGUGAAAUCGUGAAACAUCUUCAUGCACAUAAAAUAGCAUGUCGUAAUGGUCAUAUGUAUGGAUAUCGGUUAAUUGCUGCUUUAGGUUUAGACCUCGAUGAUGCUGUUGUUCGUCUUUCUGCCGUACAUUACAAUACAGUAGCUGAAAUUGAACGAUGCAUAGAAGUGCUGGAAGAGAUUCUAUGA